UGCCUGUGUGUGUGCGGCGGAGCAGCUCGAGCACCUCAGCUGUUUAAAACUCCGAUGAGCUCAGAAACUUUUAACUUAAAAAAAAACAAAAGUUUUAAAAAUGACUUUUAUUGUUGUGAUCCUCUCCCUGUUUUAGACUCUGGUUCUGGUUCUGGGUUUGUUCUGUCGCGGCAUCUCCCGUCGAGUCCCAGUGUCGGUGUUUGGAGCCGAACGGAAUCCGCAGACCGGGUCACAAUGAGCGGACUGGUUCUCCUCCUGGGUCUCUGUCUGAACCUCCACACAUGCCGGGCUCUCCCCUUCCAGCUGCCCGCCCUCAGCACCGAGCCGCCCGGCCACGUCUCCCUCACCGACCCGCUGAUGGAUCACGACCGGCUGGAUGAGGAGCUGGGGGUCUGUGGGCUGUGUGAGCCGGACCUGUGCCCGGAGACCCGGGGCUGCAGGGCCGGUCUGGUGCUGGACUCAUGUGGCUGCUGCAAUGAGUGCGGUAACCUGGAGGGUCAGACCUGCGACCCGGGAGACCGCAGCGUCUACUACGGGCUGUGCGGGACCUGGAUGCGGUGUCUGAGGGACCCACGUGGAGGAGGAGAAGGAGGAAGAGGAGGAGAGGAUGAAGAGGAGGAGGAGGAGGAGGAGGAGGAGGAGGAGGAGGCGGUGUGUGUGUGUGAGGAGCAGAAGGUGGUCUGUGGCUCUGAUGGACUCACAUACAUGAACAUGUGUAGGUUCAGAGAGGCCACGUUCUCCAGACCAGAGCUCAAGACCAGAGGGAGGGGGCCCUGCAAGACCGGUAAGACAUCUGUCUGUCUGUCUCUCUGUCUCUCUCUCUCUGUCUAUC